AACGCUAUUAUUAUAUCACUGUCGGUAGCGUUUUUGCAUCAUAAUUUUGCACUAUCAACGCUAUUGCUUCCGUAUAAAUAGUGUAUCAGUAGCGUUAACGCAUUUGCAUGCUCCAUGAAUAGCGAUAGCAAGCGAUAGUGCUAUUUUGACUUCGUGAAUGCGUUGAAUGAGUUGAUAGCGUUAACGUUGAUAACAACGUGAUAGCAAACUCCCCGAAUGCACCCCCAGAAGAAAACCUAACCUAUCAUGAUUGGCAAUGUCGUGGGCGAGUGUCGGGCAAUAUGGAAUAAGAACAAUGACUACCCUACGUUUAGCAUUGGUGCAGUUGUCUGUCGGUAAUGACAAGGCGACAAACAUCUCGCGGGCCGUUUCUUUCAUCGAGCGCGCGAAACAGAAGCGAGCUGACAUCGUGAUACUGCCCGAGUGUUUCAACUCGCCAUAUGGAACAUCUCAUUUUGCGACAUAUGCCGAGAGCAUUCCGAAUGGCGAAACGAGUACGGCAUUAUCCGAGGUGGCAAGAAAGAACAAUGUCUAUGUGAUCGGUGGUACAAUACCGGAGAGAGACAACGAGAAGUUAUACAACACUUGUACGGUAUGGGGGCCGGAUGGAAACCUCGUGGCCAAGCACAGGAAGAUGCAUUUGUUCGACAUUAAUAUUAAAGGAAAAAUCACUUUUUGCGAAAGUGAUUCUUUAUCCGCCGGUAAUUCCCUCACUACUUUCGAAGCAAAAGAUUGGAAAAUUGGCAUUGGUAUUUGUUACGAUAUCAGGUUUGAAGAAAUGGCACGAUUGUAUAGAAACAAAGGCUGUCAGAUGUUGAUAUAUCCAGCGGCAUUCAACAUGACCACUGGCCCGUUGCAUUGGUCAUUGCUGCAGCGUGCCAGAGCAAACGACAAUCAAUUAUAUGUAGCUUGCGUAUCACCGGCACGUGGCUCGCCACCUGGAUAUGUUGCUUGGGGGCAUACUCAGUUAACCAAUCCCUGGGGAGAAAUACUUGACGAGCUAGAUGCUGGUGAGGAUAUGGUGGUCUCCGAUAUAGAUUUGAAAAUUGUAAAUGAAGUCAGAGCGCAAAUCCCGACGUUCAAUCAACGCCGUACAGACUUAUAUGACACUAUUUGGAAGGAAAAUUAGGAAGACAUUACGCAUAUUAUGAUAAAAUAAUUAAAUAAUCUGCAUAUAUUAUCUUAGGCAAUUUCAUAUGAACUUUAUGGGUAGGUGUCCCAAGUUUCACACUUGAAUACUUUGUAGCUAAAUAUUUCGUAUCUACAUAUUACAUAUAUCUGCAAUAUAUCUAUAUAUAUCUGUAAAAACAUAUGCGAUAUUACGAAUAAAAUUAUCGGCAAAAAUGUAAAUAAACUUUAUAUUCUUUGAUGUAUUUUCUUUUUUUU